AUGCUCACCCCUACCCUGCGGAGUCGAAGAAAUUUUGUAUGUUUACCGUGGAUCUUCCCUAAUUUCAAACAAGAGAUCUUGCGUAAUCAUUUUAGGGAUUUUGGUGAUUUCUGGUUCUUUUUAACCGAAGCAGAAAUCACAGGUUUGAAUGCUCUUAUUUCAUUCAAUUUGAAGGAUUUGCCCUUAAAAAACCCUAAUUGGUCUAUUGUGGAGAUCUGGGAUAUACUUCCUCUGUUAUGCCGUAUGAAGACGUUCUUUCCAUCUGAAUCUUGUAAAGAAACACAUUUAAAUGCUCUGAAUCCGCAAUCAUGGCUGCAAGUCGAAAGAGGAAAGCUUUCAAAAGUCUCACCUCACUCCCCUUCUUCAUUAGAAUCUCUGAUCAAAGUACCGGAUCCACCAAUUCUUCCAUUCUUUAAACCCGUUGAUUAUGUAGAAGUUUUAGCACAAAUCCACAAAGAACUCGAAUCAUGCCCUCCACAUGAGCGAUCAAGCCUCUAUUUGUUGCAGUUUCAGGUCUUCAAAGGCCUGGGUGAUCUCAAAUUGAUGAGAAGAAGCCUUCGAUCAGCUUGGCUCAAAUCAAUCACAGUCCAUGAACGCCUCGUUUUUGGGGCAUGGUUAAAAUAUGAAAAAAGAGGCGAAGAACUUAUAUCAGAUUUACUCUCUUCAUGUGGUAAAUGUGCUAAAGAGUUUGGAUUAAUAGACAUUGGUUCUGAGCUCCCAUCUGUCACAAAUGAUAAUAGUGUCGCAAAUGCUGCAAUGAUGAACCACAACACUUAUUUAUCAGAUUCCGUCACGUUUCGAAUCGGGGACGAAAAAGUAAUUUGCGAUAGACAAAAAAUGGCGGCACUUUCGCCGCCAUUUCAGUCCAUGCUUAACGGGUGUUUCCUCGAAUCGCUUUCAGACAACAUCGAUUUAUCCAAAAAUGAUAUCUCGCCAGCUGGCAUGCGUGUCAUCAGCGAGUUCUCCAAAACCGGGACACUUCCGGAACAACUCCCGACCGAUCUUUUACUCGAAAUCAUGGUGUUUUCGAAUAAAUUUUGUUGUGAAAACCUCAAAGAUUCUUGCGAUAGGAAACUCGCGACACUUGUUUUAUCAAGAAACGACGCGAUUGAGCUCUUGGAAUACGCGCUCGAUGAGAAUUGUCCGAUUCUUGCUUCGUCUUGUUUGCAGGUUUUCUUACAAGAGCUUCCGGAAUGUUUACACGAUGAACGCGUUGUUGAGAUUUUGACAAGUGUCAACCGUUUGCAUCGUUCGAUUAUGGUCGGGGGUGCUUCGUUUUCGCUUUACUGUUUGUUAAGCCAGGUGGCGAUGGAUCUUGAUCCGGGGUCCGAUAAAUCCGCUCUAUUUUUAGAACAAUUGGUUGACUCAACCGAAAACACCCGACAAAAAAUGAUCGCGUAUCACAUGUUGGGAUGCGUGCGGUUACUAAAAAAAGAAUACAACGAGGCGGAAAGAUUCUUUAAAGCCGCGGUAAACGAAGGCCACGUGUACUCGGUUGUCGGGCUCGCGAGGCUCGGUCGGAUUAACGGGAACAAACGCGAAUCGUACGAGAAACUUAAUUCGGUUAUUUCCGAUUAUACCCCUCUCGGGUGGAUGUAUCAAGAACGUUCGUUAUACUGUGACAAUGAUGAAAAACGGUGGGAGGAUUUGGAGAAGGCGACGGGGUUGGAUCCUACGCUUACGUACCCGUACAUGUAUCGCGCAGCCUCGUUGAUGAAGAGACAAGAUGUUGAAGAAUCAAUGGGGGAGAUUAAUAAGAUUCUUGGGUUUAAGUUAGCGGUUGAAUGUUUGGAGUUGAGGUUUUGUUUCUUUUUGGUUCUUGAAGAUUAUCGAUCCGCGAUUUGUGAUGUUCAGGCGAUUCUUACGAUUUGUCCGGAUUAUCGGAUGUUUGAAGGGCGGGUCCCGGCUUCUCAAUUUCAAACACUUGUCCGUGAGCAUGUGCCAAGCUGGACAACCGCCGAUUGUUGGUUACAGCUGUACGACAGGUGGUCCGCGGUUGAUGACAUCGGGUCCCUUUCUGUAAUUUACCAAAUGCUCGAGUCCGAAGCUGCUAAAGGCGUUUUAUAUUUCAGACAAUCUUUGCUUCUCCUCAGGUUAAAUUGUCCGGAAGCAGCGAUGAGAAGCUUACAACUGGCACGACAGCAUGCAUCGAGUGAACACGAGCGAUCUUUUGAAGCUUUCUUUUUGAAAGCGUAUGCAUUAGCUGAUUCUAGUCAAGAUCCGACUUGUUCUUCUAUGGUUGUAUCGCUUCUUCAAGAUGCUCUUAAGUGUCCUUCUGAUAGGCUUCGUAAAGGCCAGGCGUUGAACAAUCUUGGAAGUGUUUAUGUGGACUCAGGGAAACUGGACCUUGCGGCUGAUUGUUAUAUUAAUGCUCUUAAGAUCCGGCACACGAGGGCCCACCAGGGGCUUGCUCGUGUCCAUUAUAUGAAAAAUGAGAAAGCUGCUGCGUAUGAAGAAAUGACAAAAUUGAUUGAAAAGGCACGUAACAAUGCAUCGGCUUAUGAGAAGAGAUCUGAAUACUGUGAACGUGAACAGACCAAAAUAGACCUUGAAAUGGUGACUCGAUUAGAUCCUCUUCGUGUGUAUCCUUACAGAUAUCGAGCUGCAGUUUUGAUGGACAAUCACAAGGAGAAAGAAGCAAUAGCAGAGCUAUCAAGGGCAAUUGCGUUCAAAGCUGACCUACAUCUUCUGCAUUUGCGGGCAGCUUUCCAUGAACACAUUGGGGAUGUUUCGGGUGCCAUGAGGGAUUGUCGGGCAGCUCUCUCAUUUGACCCAAACCAUCAAGAAAUGCUGGAACUAAGGAGCCGUGUAAACAGCCAAGAACCCUAAUGAAUCCAACAACAAUUUAGAAAGAUUAGAUGCAAUGUUACACAAAUGGUGAAGAAAAGGAGAGAUUUUUUAUUUUUGAGUUUGUGUGUGUAUCUUUGCAAAUGUAACAACACUUUAUUAUGAAUAUUUGUAAACAUUCAAGUUUGUGUAUUAUUAACAUGUGUUUUUGGUCUUGUAUUCGUCUGGAGAUAUAAUGUACAAGAUGUGAAUCUGAUUGAUUACAAAUGGUGUAUUGUAUCGUUUCAUUUCAUCAACUGUAAGAUUUGCUAGUUUUUAUAAAGAAUGUUGGUUUUUGUAUAUGUAGAUUUGUAACUGAGAAUAUCAUAUUCGA